UUUUUUUUUUUUUUUUUUUUGUUUUUUGGUGUUUCGCUUUGGUUUCGCUCGCAAACGGAGCCCAUUACCGCCUCACACCCUCCGCGCCUGAUUCCAGCUCUCGUUCGCUGGAUCGUCAGUUCCGCACUCAUCUCUGCCAUUGACAUUGCCUCUGCUGCCGUCGUCGUCACUCCAGCUCAGGACGAACCAGUCGGCCAGACCAACAGCUCGCUGACGCCGUUGCCAAUCCGCCGCCUUCCGUCGCGCCCAUCCAGCCCGAGCACUUGCGCCGCCCUCCCGCGUCCUUUGACUCCCAACCCUACGCCCAGCGUCGCUUGUCUUGAACCGAGCAACCCCGCGUCAUUGCGAACUCUGCGUCUCAGUGACAAGGCCUUGUUUCCAGCCAACGCCGUUUCAAAAAAAAUUGAAUUUGGCGAAACCGUUUCAACUUUCGGAUUUGACUUGGCAACGCCGCUCGCUCCAGCAGUUGCAUCUCCACGCAGUCGCUCACACCACCCCUGCAUAUUACCACAAGCCAGUGCAAACAACGACAUCAGUGACUCAUCACCAACACCAUCCCACCGCAACACGAUGCCCUCGCAACAAUCAACGCGGCCAGCGCCAUCCGAUGCCAGCAUCUAUUCCUGGAGCAACGCCAGCUCCGAGACCAAGCGUGCCAUUCUGAACCAGCGCCUGGAAGAGCUCCAAACAAUCCUGAUGAAACAGCUCUCGAGUGAUCCCAAUGCCAUGCUGGAUCCCGCCGUGACCAACGAGUUUAUUGCUGUGCAAGAAGAACGCGCACGCUUGGACCAAGCAGCAGUUGAGAAAUCCCGACAAAACACGGAAGGAUGCUUGGCGACAUUGAGCGUCGUCGUGCGAAUGGCUUUGGAAGACGUGGACUUGCAGCAACACCCAGAGAUUCGUCAGGUUCUGAAAGUCCUCUACCCCAGGCUUCAAGUGCCAAUCAAGGCCAACAAGAUUGACACUCAAGUCAAGUGCCUCGAGUUUUUGCAGCCUAUCAUCAGCAUGGCAAAGAGGGUUGAGCCGCAGGUUGAGAAACCUGCCGAGCCUGAAGUGCAAGUCGUAGAAACCCCGAUUCCAGCGCCACCCCCGCCGCCGCCGCCGAUGGUGACCCCUCCGCGCCGCCACGCCUUGCCCGCCACUCGCGCUGUUGUCAACUUUGCAUCGUCAAGCAACCGUCCUCACAAUCAGUAUCACGUUACAACAACGCCAACACGCACCCCGCUCGGGAACUCGUCGCGCUCCAACCUUAUGGAGCAAAUCGGGCAGGCUUCUGCCAAGGGCUUGCGUCGAACAACGCUGCAUCGGUCACCUGGUGGCACGCCACAGAUCAGCCGAAAGAAGAAGCCGGCGGAUGGUUUCGAAGCCACGCUGCUGAAACGCUUCCACUCUGUCAACGUCCCAAGCCCCGGCGGACCAGCGGUUCAGGACGAAAACCUCUUUUCCCCUCUCGCCAGUCCCGCCGUGCUUCGGAUGUGAGAAAAGGCAGGCACCGUCUCCCGCUGGUGAGACAUGGGUUUUUGUGUAUUACAGUAGUCAUUGCGG